UGCGCCGUGAGCUAUUUCCGCUUCCGCCCGACCCCGUCGUUUUGGUUGGGCCGGCUUGUUUGCAGCCGCAGAGUUCCGCGCCCGGGAAGCUCCCCGCAGCCUCCGCCUGGGUCCGGCCUUCCCUGUCCAGCUGCCGCCGCGGUCUGGGGGCGCCCGCCUCCACCCUCCCGAAUGGUGCUCCUGCUCGCAGGCCUCGGCCCAGGACGCAGGCCCCCCGCGCGCCCCGUGCGCCCCGUGCGCCCUGCCCCGGAGCUGCCGGGUGCGCGCCCGGCCCCGCGGAGGGAAGCCGGCUGCAGCAAGCCCGCCGGCGGCCGGCGUCUGGCCCUGUAACCGCGGGCGGGCCUCCCCCUCGGGUCUCCCUCCGGCCGCCCCUCGCUGCCCCGCGCCUCCCAGAGCCUCACGCUGGGGCCCUGGGCCCGGCAUGGCGGACCUCUCCUGUGCAUAGUGCUCUGCCGGCUCGCGGUCAGCAUGGCCGAGCACAGACAGGCUUCAGGGGGGCGGGAGACCCCGCAGGGGGAGCUGCGGCCCGAGCUGGUGGAGGAUGAAGGCCCCAGGAGCCCGGCGGCCGAGGAGCCCGGAGGAGCCGGCGGCGGCGAGGCCAAGCUGUCCCCGAGGGAGGAGGAAGAACUGGACCCUAGGAUACAGGAGGAGCUGGAGCACCUGAACCAGGCCAGCGAGGAGAUCAACCAGGUGGAGCUGCAGCUGGACGAGGCCAGGACCACAUAUCGGAGGAUCCUGCAGGAGUCGGCCAGGAAGCUCAAUGCCCAGGGCUCCCAGCUUGGGAGCUGCAUCGAGAAGGCCCGGCCUUACUACGAGGCCCGACGGCUGGCCAAGGAGGCCCAGCAGGAGACGCAGAAGGCGGCCUUGCGGUACGAGCGAGCCGUGAGCAUGCACAAUGCCGCCCGCGAGAUGGUGUUUGUGGCAGAGCAGGGCGUCAUGGCCGACAAGAACCGCCUGGACCCCACGUGGCAGGAGAUGCUCAACCACGCCACCUGCAAGGUGAAUGAGGCAGAAGAAGAGCGGCUCCGGGGCGAGCGGGAACAUCAGCGGGUGACGCGGCUGUGCCAGCAGGCUGAGGCACGAGUCCAGGCCCUGCAGAAGACCCUCCGGCGGGCCAUUGGCAAGAGCCGCCCCUACUUCGAGCUCAAGGCCCAGUUCAGCCAGAUCCUAGAGGAGCACAAGGCCAAGGUGACAGAGCUGGAGCAGCAGGUGGCCCAGGCCAAGACCCGCUACUCGGUGGCCCUGCGCAACCUGGAACAGAUCAGUGAACAGAUCCACGCACGCCGGCGGGGCCUGUCUGUCCACCCUCCUGUCCUCCCUCCCGGGCCACGGCGCUCCUCCCCAGUGGGCGCUGAGGACGGGGACAGUGGGAUUGAGGGUGCUGAGGGGGCAGGGCUGGAGGAGGGCGGCAGCCUGGGGCCUGGUGCUGGCCCUGACAUGGACACCCUGAGUCUGCUGAGCCUGCGCACCGUGGCCUCUGACCUGCAGAAAUGCGACUCGGUUGAGCAUCUGCGUGGUCUUUCUGACCAUGCCAGCCUGGAUGGCCAAGAGCUGGGAGCCCGGACUGAGGGCCGCCGAGGCAGUGAUGGUGGGGUCCGAGGGGGCCGCCACCAGCGCAGCAUCAGCCUGUAGCCUCGUCAUCAGUGUGCCGGCUGGAUUCUCUGGCCAGGGGCAGGCGGGGCCUGCAGGCUCCCCACCCUCUCGGGCCUGGUGUUCCCAAGGCCGCCUUCCCCUGUGCUGGGAGGACAGGUACCUAGCCCCGUCUGCCUGCCCAGGCUUCCUCUUCCCUGCCCCAGGCCUCAGGAGGCAACCGCCCCUGCUGGCUCCUUGAGUGUCCGACACCAUUGCUUUCCCAUUCUAGCUUCCUGCUCUGCCUGGUGUCUCCCUCAGGGAGCGUGGUCCAGGAGGCCCAGAAGCGCAUCCGAAGAGCCAGUGCAGGGCUCAUGGAGGGGCGGGCGUCUGUGUAACUGUGAGGUGUGUGUGUGUGGAAGGUCCUUUCCACGUUGGCCCAGGGUGGUCACCUCCCCCGGGCACCGGCGGGGCCUUGGAGAGGCAGGCUGUGGUGAGAUGGGUAGAGGAGCUGAGACGCGUCUCCACAGCCUCUUGCAGGUGGGACUCGGAACUUGGUGCUCAACUGCUCUGCCUUGCUGUCCCUCAGCCAUACCUGCCCCGAUGUGGGGUCUCAGGCCAGGCUGCCGUGCCACUCAUGUGCCCUGCUGUGGAAAGGGUGUGCUGGGCUGUGAACCCCAGCCCUGCUCAGGGAGCUCUCGGGUGCGCAGUGGGGCUCCCAGGCCGCAGGGGAGCUGUGGCCAGGGAAGCAGCGGGCACUGUACCUGUGCAGCUGCCCCGCUCACUGGCUGGAAGAGGUGGCCAUGAUGAGAGCCUUGGGGUUUGAGGUGGCCGCAGAAAGGUACCAGGGGGCUGGGAGGGGAGGACCUGGCUGUGUGUGGGA